AUGUCUAUUCAUUUUCUUUCUUUCUUUCUUUCUUUCUUUCUUUCUUUCUUUCUUUCUUUCUUUCUUUUCUCCCUGAUUCUAUUCUCUUUUUUUCAUUUUCUUACUUUUCAUCUCGUUUCUUUCUUUCUUUCUUUCUUUCUUUCUUUCUUUCUUUCUUUCUUUCUUUCUUUCUUAAUCGUCACAGGUUCGUCCCCUCUCUCAUUUGACUUGUCUUUUAACUUUUACAUUUCUAUUCACAUUUUUCUAAUUUCUCAUCGUCUUUCUUUCUUUCUUUCUUUCUUUCUUUCUUUCUUUCUUUCUUUCUUUCUUUCUUUCUUUCUUAUCAGACUCUUCGCCUUUUCCCUUUCCAUAUUUUUUUAUAUUCUUUUGUCUUUUUUUGCUUUCUCAUCACAGAGCCAAAUCUUAAUUGAUAUCUAUCUAUCUAUCUAUCUAUCUAUCUAUCUAUCUAUCUAUCUAUCUAUCUAUCUAUCUAUCAGAGCAGCUGUUUUCUCCCUCACUUUUAUCCGUCUAUAUCUAUCUAUCUAUCUAUCUAUCUAUCUAUCUAUCUAUCUAUCUAUCUAUCUAUCCAUCCAUCUAUCUAUCUAUCUAUCUAUCUAUCUAUCUAUCUAUCUAUUACUAAUGAUCUUCCUUGACCACAUCCUUACCACCAUCAGAUCUAGACGCCCCCCUCAACAGGCUAAUUUCAUGCCCGCCUGCUACACCCCUAGUCACAUCUCGGGCUCCUCAUCGAGAAGUUCCGGGAGUACAGUGAGUAUUGCGUCGCCUUUAUCGACACAGUUCACAGAACGACUCUGUGGGACAUCCUGCGCACCCGAUCGCUGCCGGCUUCCUCCAGGGUUGUGUAGCCUCCCGCGAUUUAUUCAUUAUUGA